GCAGCCAAUUAGUGCCGCAGCCUUUCUCACCUCACCUCAGCGUAGCUUAUCCCAUCACGUUUUCUUAGUUCACCAAUCACGUUUCUCUAAAUGAACGGUGGACGAAUGGCCAUGCCUUCUCGUAGGCUUGUGUCCAUUGACGAAUAUUGCGACCUCGUUCAACCUCGUCUACCUACGUUGCGUCCCUAGUUUGCAUUCUUUUCUCAUCACACCAUGCACGUGUGCCCGCAAUAGAGAGGCCUUGGACCAAAUGAGCGUCCUACCACGCUCGCGCGCACCUAUAUAUUUCCACGGCGUAAGAGGGCCAGAUAGCUAAGCUAGUCAGACAUCGAGCACUAAGCACUCCCGGUUUCUAUUCUCCUUGAGCAACAUAGUUAACACGACAUUUAUAUUGUUACUACUUUCAAGAUGGCGUCCGGCCCUCCCGGGAAGCUGUCGAGCUUUGAGCCCUCUCUGUGGGGUGACUUCUUCGUGAGUUACGAGCCACAACCACUACAGAGAUCCGAGGAAUGGAUGAUGGCGAGAGCUGAUAUACUGAAAGAUAAAAUCCACAUGUUGCUUCAGAGUUGCGAUGGAGCGUUGGGGAAAAUGUUCUUAGUGGAUUCACUCCAACAUCUCGGAAUUGAUCACCACUUUAAAGAAGAGAUUGACAAUAUGUUGAGCGAAAUCCUUGGGAGUGAAUUUAGUUGCUCUAGUCUCCAUGAGGUCGCUCUUCGAUUUCGCUUGCUUAGGGAGCAGGGUCAUUGGGUAUCUCCAGAUGUCUUCAACAAAUUCAAAUGUGAAGGCGGGGUCUUCAACAAGGACAUUACUUAUGAUACAAGGGGAUUAUUAAGUUUAUACAAUGCAGCUCAUCUUCUCAUCCAUGGUGAGCCAGCACUAGAAGAAGCCAUCACUUUCGCAAAGUACCAUCUUGAAUCAAGGAUUGCGAGUCUCGAGUUCCCCUUAGCCGAGCAAGUUAGACGUGCCCUUCACUUGCCACUGCCAAGGACUUAUAAGAGGAUGGAAACAAUACAUUACAUCUCGGAGUACAAAGAAGAGGAAUAUCACAACCCUGUUCUAUUGGAGUUUGCAAAGCUAGACUUUAACCUUCUACAACAUGUACACUUGAAGGAGUUGAAAGCUAUUAGUGGGUGGUGGAAAGAACUUUCCAGAUGCAUCGAGCUGACCUAUGUUCGUGAUCGUGUGGUGGAGAACUAUCUUUGGUCCCAUGUGAUGUUCUAUGAGAAAGACUACGAGCUCGCACGGGUGAUCGGUGCCAAAAUAAAUGUGCUACUUACCGUCAUGGAUGACACAUUUGAUGCCCAUGCCACCAUAGAGGAAUGUCGGAAGCUGACUGAAGCCGUACAAAGAUGGGAUGAGAGCGAUGUUUCUCUUCUGCCGGAUUACUUGAAGAAGUUCUUUGAUGAACUGUUGGCGAACAUUAAGGAGUUUGGGAGUGAAAUGGCAAAGAAUAACAACUACGAGAUUGCCUACAUCAAGAAACAGUUCCAGAAACAGUUCAUUUAUUAUCUCCAAGAAGUCGAAUGGUUACACCAGAAUCACAAGCCGAGCUUUGAAGAGCUAGUGAAUCUGACCUCCAUGACCAUAUGUGUGCCAACAGUAUGUGUGUGUUUUCUUGUUGGCAUGGGCGAUGCAAUGCCCAAGGAAACACGCGAGUGGGUAGCUGGUUUCCCUGAUGUCGUCAUGGCAUGCGCAAAGCUUACACGGUUCAUGAAUGACAUCGCUUCAUUUAAACGUGGAAGAAGCAAGGUAGACGCAACGAAUUCAGUAGAGUGGUACAUCGCGGAGCAUGGGGUCACGAGGGAGGUCGCAGUUGCCACGAUCGAGUCACUCAUAGAAGACGAAUGGAGAAGCCUAAAUCAAGCUCGCUUUGGGAACCGAGUGCUGCUCCCUGCAGUGCAGCGGGUUAUCAGAUUCGCUGUUAGUAUGCCGUUAUACUAUGGUGGAGGGAACGAUGCAUUCACAUUCAGCAAGCAUCUUCACAAGACUAUUGAGGCCCUCUUCGUCAACCCCAUUCCCAUCUAGGUAGGGAGCUAUCUAGCUUGUUGCCGUACUACUAUUUAUCACUGUAACAAGCACCAAUCUGCUUUCCAAUAAACACAUGUGUGUGACAGUGUGUGGUUUCUAGUAAGAGAAACAGUUAUAUGUAUUGUUUAUGAGAUGAGAUGGAAUAAAAUUCGAUGUACGUGUGUUAUCUUAGUGUUGGUUAAAUUUCACUUUCAAUCAGCUAUUCUAACAACCUGGCUGCUUGAAACAGAUUUUAGAUUUUUAAACAUGCUAAACUGGAUUUUUUUUAGCGUUAAAUGUAACCACGAAUUAUGUUUUGUGACUAGCCCGAUGAAAGGGCCUACCUGCUGGGACAACGUGACAAAUGAUUCAUGGGCAGCUUCUGUGCCAAAUUAGAGAUGUAUUUCUCUUAGGCGUGUCCAAUGCUAGUGAAAUUGACAUGUAGUACCAAAUACUCCCUCUUCCCAUUAUUGUGCAUACAAGUUUUUUCUAAAGUCACACUUUGGAAAUUACCUUCGAUCUAGUUUAGAGAAAAAUCUAUACAAUAUAUGCCAUAUAUUCAGUAUUGUAAAAGU